CGGCCAUCAGAAUGCCCUCAUGGUAUUUUGCACAAAAGACUCAGUGUUCCUGGUUCUAGUUAGAGAACCCGAAAUAGCAGGAGUAAGCAAUGACAUACAAUGUUGUGCUAUUAAAGUCGCAGCAUACCAAACACAGAGCACAUUGAGAUGUGGAGAUUUUUCUGAGAAACGUGUAAAGUUAAUUUAGAAUAUCUUUUUCUUCUUCCUCCGAUAACUGCUUCUAAGGUGCGGUUUUCAUUUUUUCAGUUGACCUGGGAUUUCAAUUUGAGCAGGAAUACAAAGAAUAGUAAAUAUUGUAAAAGAAUAUUGAGAACAAAUACAAUUUGUUUGCAUCAUCCUUAUUCUUCUGUAGAAUAAUGGUUAGAAUCCAAAUACACACAACAAUGAAUUGCUGCUUCCUGAAACACUGGAUAUUGGUCAUUCCCCUCCUCUGGUUUUGCAUUGAAGUUGCUGAAAACUUGCAACCUCAGAGGCCUCAGAGAGCAGCACUAUCUCCUGUAAGAGCUAAGCGUGGCUGGCUGUGGAAUCAAUUUGUGGUACCAGAGGAAAUGAAUACUAGACAACAUGUUGGACAGCUAAGAUCUGAAUUGGACAAUGGAAACAACUCUUUCCAGUACAAAUUAUUAGGGACAGAGGCUGGAAGCUUCAGCAUUGAUGAACGAACAGGUGACAUAUUUGCCAUACAGAAGCUCGAUAGAGAAGAAAAAUCCCUGUACAUCCUGAGAGCACAGGUUAUAGAUACGACCACUGGAAAAGCUGUGGAACCUGAGUCUGAGUUUGUCAUCAGAGUUUUGGAUAUCAAUGAUAAUGAACCCAAAUUCCUCGAUGAACCUUAUGAGGCCACAAUACCAGAGAUGUCUCCAGAAGGAACAUUUGUUAUCAAGGUGACAGCUAAUGAUGCUGAUGACCCUGCAACUGGCUAUCACACUAGAAUCCUGUACAAUUUAGAACAAGGCCAACCAUAUUUUUCUGUUGAACCAACAACAGGAGUCAUAAGAGUAUCUUCUAAAUUGGAUAGAGAGUUACAAGACACGUAUUGCAUCAUUAUUCAAGCCAGAGACAUGCUUGGUCAACCUGGAGCCUUGUCUGGAACAGCGAUGGUAUUAAUUACACUGUCUGAUAUUAAUGACAACAAGCCAAUAUUCAAAGAAAGUUUCUACCGCUUCACUGUAUCUGAAUCUGCACCCAGUGGAACAACUAUAGGAAAAAUUAUGGCAUAUGAUGAUGAUACAGGAGAGAAUGCCGAAAUGGACUAUAGCAUUGAAGAGGAUGAUUCACAAAUAUUUGACAUAAUCACUGAUAAUGAGACCCAAGAAGGGAUAGUUAUACUAAAAAAGAAAGUUGAUUUUGAGCACCAGAACCACUACGGCAUUAGAGCUAAAGUUAAAAACCGACAUAUUGAUGAGGAGCUUGCAACAGCCCAUGUAAAUGCCUCUUCAACCUACAUUAAAGUUCAAGUGGAAGAUGAGGAUGAACCUCCUAUUUUCCUCUUACCCUAUUAUAUAUUUGGAAUUCCUGAAGAAAAGCCACAAGGGUCAAUUGUAGGAACAGUAUCUGCUAUAGACACAGAUCGAAGACAAUCUCCAGUAAGAUAUUCAAUCACUGGAAGCAAAAUGUUCUAUAUCCAUGACAAUGGAACAAUAAUUACCACUAACCUGCUUGACAGGGAGGUCAGUGCUUGGUACAACCUGAGUGUCACAGCCACAGAAACAUACAAUGUACAACAGAUGUCUUCUGUGCCUGUGUAUGUACAAGUAUUUAAUAUUAAUGACCAUGCUCCUGAAUUCUCUCAGUACUAUGAGACUUAUGUUUGUGAAAAUGCUGAAUAUGGUGAGAUAAUUCAAACCAUCAGUGCAAUAGACAGAGAUGAGUCAAUAGAGGAUCACCAUUUUUACUUUAAUCACUCUGUGGAAGACAUGAACAACUCAAGUUUUAUACUAAUAGACAAUAAAGAUAACACAGCUGUAAUUUUGACCAAUAGAAUUGGUUUUAGCCGUAAAGAAGAACCUGUCUUCUCCAUGAUAAUCUUUAUUGCUGACAAUGGAAUCCCAUCUCUUACAAGCACAAACACCCUUACUAUACAAGUCUGUGACUGUGGAGAAAGUGGAAGCACAGAGACUUGCACUAGCAAAGGACUCCGUUUUAUCAUGGGAUUCAAAACAGAACUAAUAAUUGCCAUCCUCAUAUGCAUUAUGGUAAUAUUUGGGUUUAUCUUUUUCAUGCUGGCUAUGAAACAACGGAGAAAGCAGACCCUAUUUCCAGAGAAAAGUGAAGAAUUUGGAGAGAAUAUAUUUUGUUAUGAUGAUGAAGGUGGUGGGGAAGAAGACUCAGAGGCCUAUGAUAUUGUAGAGUUGAGAAGCAGCACAGUAAUGAGAGAAAGGAAAUCUCGCAGGAGCAAGAGUGCAGAGAUCAUUAGCUUUUAUAGGCAGUCCUUGCAGGUGGGCCCAGACACUGCCAUAUUCCGAAAAUUCAUCCUAGAGAAGCUGGAAGAAGCCAACACAGAUCCAUGUGCUCCUCCCUUCGACUCACUGCAGACCUUUGCCUUUGAAGGCACAGGUUCAUCAGCUGGCUCUCUCAGCUCCUUAGGAUCCAGAGCCACUGAUCAGGAAGAUAAUUUUGACUACCUUAAUGACUUGGGUCCUCGCUUUAAAAGAUUAGCAUGCAUGUUUGGUUCUGCAAUGCAACCAAACAAUUAAAGCUUCCCUAUACCAACAGGCAAGAAGUAUUAAGUUGCAUUUACAUGAAGUGGCAGGCUUUUUGUAGAAUUGUCGUCUCUGGCAAUCUAUAUGUUAGGGGUCCUUGCUUUUAUAAUUAUGAUAAUUUCAAGUACAUAGCCAUGGUCAUUUCAACUUCAACAUGGAGAUGGGAAGGGAGAAAACAAAUCAUAUUUCAUAUACCACUGCAAGUCACUGCUGCUGUUAUCAUUAAGAUGGUCCUCCAGAAUGUUUCCAUAUAAUCUAAUGCAUAUUCUCAACAAUUCAGAAGGCCAAAAUGAGUAAUGUACCAAAUAAAUCUAUCUGCACAAUUUUCAACUACCCACGUUUUUACAAGGUAAAAAUGAAGUCUCUACAUAUACUAAAUUCCUGAUUCUGUGCAAAGAUCAAUUUUGAGACCUGGGAGAAACCAGGGUGCUUCAUAAAGACUUCUUCAUAUGUUAGCAGUUUUCUGAUUGAGGUUCCAUGAAGUAUUUGAUUAUGAAAUUUUUAUAUUUUUGCCAAGAUUACUCUUUAGUACUCUGAAUUUGAUCAUGUAUUUAAUAUAUGAAUUAAUCAGAGUUGCACUUUAGCUCAUGUUGCUUCACUUAUUCUGAGUUUGUAUAACAAUUGGAAGCAAAUUAGGGAAUUUUCAUUGAUUAAUAUGCUAACACCUCCAAAUGCCAAUUCUUUUCAUGAAAAACUACAAUAACCAAAUGCAUGUCAACAUUUACUUAUGAUUAAAUUGUACUUUUGUAACUGAUGAGAAGUGCAGAAAAAUUUAAGUAUAUUUUCCAUUCUACUUAAACUGUGAUAGAUGAAUGAUGGUAAUACUAUAUUCCAAUUUGAAUUACUAUUUACCACACGUUAUAAACACCUGUACUGUGUUUCCAUUAUUUAUAUGAAUAUAUAAAUAAAACAUGAUGCCAGUC